GGCAAUUUUGUCAAAAUUUGUAUCACACUUUUGGAUAUCAAUAGUAUCAACUAUCAAUAGUAUAAAUAUAGCAUAAAUAUGUAUAAAUAUUACAUAGUUGUUAGUUGUUUCAAUGAUAAAAAGUUUAACAGGAAAUUGAAACUUGAAAAAAAAAAGAUUCUCGUUAUUGUUCCCACAGUUUCAAGAAUCAUUUCGCUUAACAAAAUAAAUAUAACAAAAUAAAAAAUUUUUAAAUAUUCAACGCGUUCAUUCUUUUUUAUAAAAAAUGGAAGAAAGUAAUUUCGCCCAUGAACUCCAUAAUUCGGCACGCAAGUGCUACCGUUUUUUUUGUCUUAAUGUUGCUCGUUGCCUUUCUUAUGUAGGGGGAAGACUUGAACCUUAUACCACUCAAAACCAGCUCAUGACCUUGGUAACUCCAACCAAUCGAUUAGCAAUUCUCCACCUUCCAAAUAAUCAAAAACAUCAUUGCCCUAUUUUUCAAUUCACAAAUGUUGAUGAAACAUACGUCGCAUACGCUGGUCACAUUCAAAAAGAGCUUGUUAAUGUUAAGCGAUUUUAUUCUUAUUUCAGAAAUACUUCUCGAAGAGAUUCCAUCUCCAUCUCCAAAGACAAUAAUUUUCAGGAUCUAGUCGCAGCAACGGUGGAAGCCCACAAAAUAGAAUUAAAUUAUAUAGAUCCAUUAAAAGAAUAUUUGAACGUAGUGUUCGAUAAAGAUCGAGAAGAAUUCAUGGAAAUUUUUGUCGAAAUAGAUGAUUCCCCUACGAAUUCAGAACCGACAUUCGAAGACGUUAUGACAUUAUGGAUUGCAGUUUUCAUUUGGGCUAUUCAGCUUAUAGUAGGUCGUCUUUUAUACAAGAAAGUUGCAUUCAGAAUUACUGGUAAAAUCUAUGGUUUAAUACAAUAGCAAGCCCACCAUAGUAAUAAAAUAGAUCGCAGAUCACUCUAUUACCAUUAUUUACACAUGGUUGUACAAGUAACUUUUUUUGUAGUAUUUGAUUAUUACCCAGAAACUAAAAAUUUAGUAAUUUCCUAACUCGGAAUUUGACAUUUGACACUACUUUUUGUACUUUGAUGUAAAAGUUUUUAAUUGAUUAUCAAAAGUUUCCUAGUUCGGAAAGUUUGGGUUAUCAAACUAUUCAUAAAUCCGAUCUUUUUACGUAAUUUUUUAUUUGCGUAUAAUAAAACCAAUUUGGUCA